AUGGGCAAGCAGCACCUCGCCAAGGGCAUUGGCCGCCUGUCCGAUUUGGUCAUGACCAAGGCCAAAGGCUCGUGGGUCUGGACGUCUGACGAGCGCAAGCUGCUGGACUUUACGAGCGGCAUCGCCGUGACGAGCGUGGGGCACUCGCACCCCAAGGUCGUGGCCGCUGUGCAGAAACAAGCCGCCACCCUCGUGCACGCGCAGGUGAACAUUGGGUACCACCAGCCCAUGCUGGACUUGACGGACAAGCUGCUGCCGGUUCUGCCCACGAGUCUCGACUCGCUCUUCUUUGCCUGCAGUGGCUCGGAGGCUGUUGAGAACGCGGUCAAGCUCGCGCGCCAUGCGACAGGCAAGAGCCGCGUCAUUGCCUUCCAGGGUGGUUACCACGGCCGCACGAUCGGAACCAUGAGCCUCACGUCGAGCAAGACCGUGUACAGUGCCGGCUUUGGUCCGCUCAUGCCGGGCGUCACCUUUGUGCCGUAUCCGUACGCGGUCCAAGGCCCCGUUCCUGAGGACGAGGAGAAGAACGCCGAGUGGUGUCUAGAGCAACUGCGCGUUGCACUGAAGCAACAGUCGGCACCGCGGGACACAGCAGCAAUUAUCAUUGAAUCCGUCUUGGGCGAAGGUGGCUACGUUGUACCGCCCAAGAGUUUCAUGACGAAUCUGCGCGAUCUUGCCUCGGAGAACGACAUUUUGCUCAUUGCGGAUGAGGUUCAGUCCGGGUUCGGCCGCACCGGCAGCUACUUUGCAGUGGACGGCCAUUUCGAUGUGCAGCCCGAUAUUCUGGUGUUUGCCAAGGGCGUUGCAGACGGCUACCCUAUCAGCGGCAUUGCCAGUCGGAAGGAGUUGACCGACAUGCAGCCUGCUGGGUCGAUGGGUGGCACUUAUGCAGGCAAUGCUGUUGCUUGCGCUGCGGCUAUUGCGACGCAGGAAGUCAUUGCCGAGGAGAACGUGCUCGAGAAUACCUGCGCUCGUGGUGCGCAGCUGCGUGCCGGCCUUGACAAGCUCAAGGCAUCGGGCAAGUACCCGAUUUCGGACGUGCGUGGUUUGGGUUUGAUGAUUGGCGUUGAGUUUGAUUCUGUCGCGACGCCGAAGGGUACGGCGACCAAGAUCUCGCUGGCGUGUCUGGACCAUGGCAUGAUGCUGCUGACGGCGAGCAUAUACGAGACCUUGCGCUUCAUGCCUGCUCUAACAGUGACAGAGGCGGAGUGCGAGCUUGCGUUGGAAAUCUUUCGGAAGGCCCUGGACGAUGUUUUUGAGAAGUAG